GGAGAGAGAGAAGUAGAGCGAGAGAGAGCGAGAGAGAGACAGUUUCUCUGGUCUAGUUCAGGCAGUUCUUUUCUCUUCUCAAGGCUACUUGGAUAUUACUGGAUGGUACUGUGCACUGCAACGCUAGCCUAGCUCUCUCAUCCUCCUCUCCUCUCGUCUUCCUCUCUGCCCUGUACGUGUGUUGGGAAGGUGCCUGUCUCAGGUGCAGACAUGGCCACCUCUGUGCUCUCCAGGAUUAUUCUAUGUCUGGCUAUAUCUCUGGUUCUGGUAUUGACAGUGACCAGCCAGGAUGUCAAGCUAGGGCACGAAGACAGCUGUGCCGAAAACGGCAAAGUCUACAGCAACAACGAGAUUUGGAACCCGGAGCCAUGUAAAAUCUGUGUGUGUGACCUGGGGACUAUUACCUGUGAGGACGUCCGAUGUGAAGACCUAGACUGUAAGGAAACCAGCACCCCUGAGGGAGAAUGUUGCCCUGUGUGUUCUGAGGCCUCAGGUACCCAGGGCCAGCAGGUUACCACCUGGGAUAAUCUGCUACCAAAGAUCAAAACAGAGGAGAAGAAGGAUGAGACCUGCAGGAACAACGGGCAGGUGUACGCCCACAACGACAUGUGGACCCCAGAGCCGUGCAGGGUGUGUGUCUGUGACAGUGGAACCACCAUCUGUGAGGAGGUGCAGUGUGAGAUGGUGGGGAACUGUGAGAAGGUGACCAUCCCUGAGGGAGAGUGCUGCCCCGUGUGUGACAGCUUCUCCAGCGCUAACAGGAGGAUAGAAAUGAUGGCGUUCAAGGGUCAGAAAGGCGAACCUGGUGAUAUCCCUUAUGUCGUGGGGCCAGUAGGUCAACCCGGACCAAUGGGUCCUCCCGGAGCUCAGGGGAACAGAGGAUACACUGGUUUCAAGGGCAGAAAGGGUUUACAGGGCCCAGCUGGCAUCGACGGGGAACCAGGAGUCCCAGGGAACCCUGGUGAGCCAGGAUCCCCCGGCCAGCCCUCACACCCUGGGGGUCAGCUGGUCUCUCAAAUGGCUACAGGCUUCGGUGAGAAAUCAGCUGGGAUGAUGGGAAUGAUAUCUGGCAACAGGGGUGAUGCAGGACCAAGAGGGCCUCCUGGACCGUCUGGUCAACCAGGCCCUACAGGGGGACAGGGGGCCCCAGGAGACGUUGGAGACCCAGGAUCCAUGGGUGGCUUUGGUUACAGAGGACCUGAGGGCCCACCAGGAAAACCAGGACCAGAUGGAGAAUCUGGCCCAACCGGAAUAGCCGGAGAUAAAGGAGUCGCUGGAUCUGCCGGUCCCAGAGGUUUCCCAGGACUGCCAGGUCACUCUGGACUGAAAGGCCUUAAGGGUCAUGCAGGUCUUCUAGGAGCGAGAGGUCAAUCUGGUGCUGCUGGGUCAAAGGGCCCAUCAGGUACUCCUGGUGGAAUGGGGCCCCCUGGUCCUGCGGGGCCAGCAGGAAUGCAAGGGGAGAGAGGAAGGAGUGGCCCAACUGGACCUGUGGGGAAACGUGGUGAAUCUGGACAUAUUGGGAAAGCAGGACCACAGGGUCCUAUGGGGAUCACUGGAGCUCUAGGAUUCCCAGGUGGUCCAGGUAUAAAGGGGCAACCAGGGCCCCCAGGAGCACGAGGGACAGGGGGCCAGCAAGGACCAAGAGGGGAGGCCGGACGCGUGGGAUUGGCUGGAGCUAUGGGAAUUCAGGGUCCAACAGGAACAGAGGGAGCUGCCGGAGCCAAAGGACCAUCCGGAGCUCCAGGUAUCCAGGGUCUGACUGGACUGCUUGGCCCCGAGGGCCCCGGACCACAGGGAACCACUGGACUGCCCGGGCCUAAGGGCCAACUGGGUGAUUUAGGCAUUCCCGGAUUCAAAGGAGAGGCUGGAUUCAAAGGAGAAUCUGGUGCACCUGGUGAUCAUGGAACGCUGGGUCCCAUGGGAGAGGAGGGGAGGAGGGGAGAACGGGGUGACGCCGGGACUUCAGGUGCCACUGGACCCAAUGGAGAGAGAGGUGCUCCUGGCAGUAGAGGUUUUCCUGGUCAGGAUGGGUUACCUGGUCAAAAGGGUGCCCAAGGUGAGCGAGGACUGGGUGGGUCAUCUGGUGCCAAAGGUGCCGAUGGUGACCCAGGACGCACUGGAGAGCCAGGUCUUCCAGGGGCACGGGGUCUGUCGGGUCUUCUCGGCUCCCAGGGUCCUGAGGGACACCAAGGACCAAUGGGAGGAGGAGGAGAGGAUGGGGGACCAGGUCCAGCAGGGUCUGCUGGUACCAGAGGUCCAGCUGGAACCAUGGGUGUAGUUGGACCAAAAGGCUUUACUGGAGACCCUGGUAAGACAGGAGAAGUGGGGACCCCAGGUGUUGCAGGACAGAGGGUAAGGGUUAAUGGGAAAGCUGGAGAGAUGGGCGCUGGUGGCACUGCUGGUCCAGCAGGAGUUGCAGGGAAGAGAGGAGAGCAAGGACCUCCUGGUAUGAAUGGCUUCCAGGGUCUACCUGGAUCUGCUGGUCCACCUGGAGAGUCUGGGAAACCUGGUGCUGAGGGUAUCGCUGGAGAGGGAGGGGCUGCUGGUCUCACAGGGCCAAGGGGUGAGCGUGGCAUCCCAGGAGAGAGAGGUGAUGUGGGAACUAACGGACUACCGGGGCCCAAAGGUAUUUCAGGGGGGCCAGGACCAGAGGGACCAAAGGGUGGGUCUGGAACUAAAGGAACCGUUGGGGACAUAGGAGCUGCAGGCCUGCAGGGGAUGCCAGGGGAGAGGGGUGUCCCUGGUUCUCCUGGUCCUAAAGGAGAUGUGGGUUCAGUUGGUGAGAAAGGAACCGAGGGUACUGCUGGAAACGACGGGCCCGGGGGACUUCCUGGUCCAGUUGGACCAACAGGAGGCAUUGGGCUCAAUGGUGACAAGGGAGAGGCCGGCCCUAAAGGGACCCCUGGACGUCGAGGAGCGAGAGCAGUGGCCGGAGCUUCUGGGGAGCCUGGUCCAACCGGUGCAGUAGGAUUCCCUGGGUCUCCUGGUCCCGAUGGGCAACCUGGGGUCAAAGGUGAACCAGGAGAGAGGGGUCAGAAGGGUGAGGCUGGAGCACAGGGACUCCAAGGAACAGCUGGUAAACUUGGUUCCCAGGGUCCUGCUGGUGUGACUGGACUAAAGGGGGCCAGAGGAACACAAGGGGCCGCGGGUGGGUCUGGUUUCCCAGGAUUCCCUGGGGGAGUUGGUCCAGCAGGCUCCGUUGGUGAGGUAGGGGCGCCUGGAGACAUUGGUACCCCAGGGAAGGCAGGUACUCCUGGACUUAGAGGCGAGAAUGGAGGCCCUGGGCGUGUAGGAGAGAGAGGGGCCCCGGGCCCAGCAGGUGCCCCAGGAGACAAGGGAGAGCCUGGAGAGGAUGGACCAGGGGGCCCUGAUGGGCCGGCGGGACCAGCAGGCAUCUCAGGACAGCGAGGUGUUGUGGGCAUACCUGGAGUCAGAGGAGAGAGCGGGAUGGUUGGGCCCCCGGGUGCACCCGGAAAAUCAGGUGCCCCCGGAACGGGAGGCAAGGGCGCUGUCGGUGCAGUCGGGUUACCAGGGGCAACCGGACCAGGAGGGGACCCUGGUCUUACGGGUAAUGCUGGGUCUGAUGGGGUACAUGGCAAGGAUGGACUUAUAGGAGCCAGGGGAGAUAGAGGGAAUCCUGGUCCUGAAGGUCUUGCUGGAACUCCGGGGCUUCAUGGCUCUGUUGGGCCAGUUGGCACCUCUGGUGUCCCUGGGAAGAGAGGAAACAAUGGUGCUAGAGGGCCUCCAGGACCCCAGGGACAAUCAGGGAUCCGGGGGACGCUGGGGCCUCAAGGGCCACAGGGAGACAGGGGAGCCAAAGGAGACCAAGGAGAGAGAGGGCAGAAAGGCCACAGAGGCUUCACUGGAUUGCAAGGCUUACCUGGGACAACUGGACAAUCUGGGGAUGUUGGAGCUGGAGGAAUUGUAGGACCUACUGGACAGAGAGGGCCCCCUGGUGUGGUUGGCCCCGCAGGAGGUGAUGGACAAAUUGGGCUGACCGGGCCCAUGGGCCCCCCUGGAUCAAGAGGAACCAGUGGAGACAUCGGACCUCAGGGGCCUCCUGGGGAUGCUGGUCCCCCUGGUCCCCCAGGGACCCCUGGCCCUCCCACUGCUGGGGCUGAUAUGUUCGGCUUCAGCAGCUCCUUCGACUACGACUUCGGCCCAUCCCCUCCAGAGUUCAACGAGGAUGAGGCGCGUCCCAAUAAUGCCUCGACCGUCCUCGGGGCAGACCAGGGCAUCCAGACCACGCUGAAGAGCCUCAGAAACCUGCAGAACAUGAAGUGCCCCGAUGGCAGCCAGGCCAACCCCGCCAAAACCUGCCAGGACAUCAAGCAGUGCCACCCCCUUAAAAAGACCGGAGACUACUGGCUGGACCCCAACCAGGGCAGUACCAAGGAUGUUAUCAAGGUGUUCUGCAACAUGGAGACUGGUGAGACCUGCAUCUCAGCCCACCCCAUCUCAGCCAGCAUCCCUCGCAAAACAUGGUGGACCAAAUCCACUCCCACUGCCAGCAAACCUGUCUGGUUUGGAGCAAAUAUGAAUGGAGGAACUAAAUUUAGCUACGGCAACAAGGAGGAGCUGCCCAACGCCGUAACCAUUCAGAUUAGGCUGAUCCGCCUGCUUUCUAAGGAGGGUGUCCAGAAUGUCACCUACCACUGCAAGAACAGCGUGGCCGUGAAUGACGGAGCCACAGGCAACCUGAAGAAGGCUCUGAUCCUCAAGGGCUCCAACGGACAGGAGGUCAAGGUUCAGGGCAACUCCCGCCUCAGAUACACUGUCCUGGAGGAUGGCUGCUCCAAAUCAAAUGGAGACUGGGGCAAGACUGUGAUUGAGUACAGAACUCAGACGCCAGCCAGACUACCUAUCGUAGACUUGGCCCCCAUGGACAUAGGCAAGGAGGACCAGGAGUUUGGCCUGGACAUCGGACCUGUGUGUUUCUCCUAAACCCAACACACAUGGAUGGAUGGAUUUAUUUAACCCUACGAGGAGUGAAUUUUUUAGAACGCCAUCCUCAAUUCUGUUUAAAGAGGCAAUCUGGAUUUCAAACAACAAAAAGCACUCACUUUUUAGUUACAUUCUUCAAGAAUCAAUGGCUAUAUAUCACUCAUUUAAAAGAUUGCCCCUUCAAGAAUUAGGUUUCAGUUCAAUAACUAGUAAUGAACAACAACCCCUUGUGAUGUCAUCAAUUAGAAUCGGUUGGAAUGUUGUCGUCCAUUCUCCUCCAAAGGGUUAAACAUUCCCAAGACUCUUGGACUACCUGCUGAAGCAAUCAGCUUUGUACAUAAAGGAAAAGUGACCACACAUCCAAACAAGAAGAAACGUUCAGGGUUGAGUGGAACAACAUAGACUGAAGAUCAGAGGCAG